AUGGACCGCUCUCGUCCCAGUAUUAGCGGAGGUCACCUGGAGCACGAAGAUAAGCGGAAAGAUACCGUUUCUGAAUCUCACAAGGUUCGCAAAGCGAAUAGCGUCAGAGAGCUUUUGGAUAAUCUCGGUUUGACGUUAGCCCCCCCUGUUGCUGCACCCCCUUUAGUGUAUCCAGUCUUUGUUGCCAAUGCGGCUGCUCAGGCGGGGAAUUCCUCUGGUGCCAAUGAGGCUGAGCCUCCAGCAGCAAGGCCACACAGACUUAACUUCUCCUGGAGAGAUCGCAGACGCCAGGGCAGGAGUUCGUGCUGGAACCUGUUCUCCUUUUCGCAGUCCAGGCCAUCCACAAAUCAGGACAUUGAGGUGGCAGACGUGGACAGCCAUGAGGUUCCAACACAGACUCAACUAGCUAAAUGUGAUGGCUCUUCCCCAGAUCUCGGAGCUAUUACUCCCGUUACGGCGCAGCCUUCCGAACCAGAUCGCAAUGGAACCAUUGUUCGUCUCCGAGCAGGACUUGACACUGUCCAGGCUCAAGUGGAGGACAUGAGGAGCCGUCUGGAUGCCCUUGCCGAAACACUUGGACCCGCCAUCGAAGCAACAUCGACUCCUAAUGGAACAGCGGAGAACAGAGGUAGAGGCGGACGUCCUGCUAGUGCUAAAAGCACUGAGUUGCCCCAGGGUGGGCAAUACGAGACUUUUCAGGACGAUACCUCGAACGGCGAUCCUACCUCAGCUUAUGCGAAAAGCCCACCUGAAAGGCCGCUCUUCCAGGCGCAUGGAAUCAGUUCGGGUCGGACCAUCACCGCAAUGAUGCAAGCCCCUCAGAUCCUAGUCGCCGACUUCAGCACGCCAAAAUCCACCUACCGCGUCGCUGCGGGUCGUGCACAACGACUUGGCGAACUCAUCGCUCUCGCCCGCCGCAUCUUCGACCGUUCUGCCGAGGACUACGAAGUACACGUUCAUUUCGACGCGUCUUCAUGCGAUGGUCGCGCAGCGGAGUGCGAGUGGGACGAGGGAUGGUUCAUACACUUCGAGAGAUGGUCACUGACUGAGAAGAUCGAGAUGGCAAAGAGGAGAUUGGGGCUUGGUGAAGAGGUGCAAAGAAGCGAGAGCGAGAAGGAGCUGGAUCGAUUGAGGGAGGUUGGGGAUCAGACAGCUAGAGCUGGCAAGUUGUGGGAGGCUGUGUGGUGGUGGAAGAUGGCUAGGAAGGCGGAGGUGAGGAUGCAAGGCGAGAGGGAAAGGGGGAAGAAUAUCUCUGAGAGGGAUGUACUGAAGGGAUCCACGCCGGAGCUGAUGAAGGCAUCGAAAACCGGGGAGGGAUCCACACCUACAGGACUGCCAGACUUUGUUAAGAAGGAGAUACUCGAGGUUGUCCGAGACGAGCUCUCGGGUGCUAUACAAAUAAGCCUCUCCGAGAGGGUGAAGGGCGAGAUUGCCGAAACCGUCAAAGAAGGCCUUCUCGAGAUCCUGGACGACAGAAUGGCCGAGAUCGUCAAGAGCGAGACCCGCAAGACUAUCGACGAAGAGGGAGUGGGUUGUUCUGCAUCUCAUCGCAAGCGGAAGCGGCGCGUCGCUGAUGAGGAUGAUAUGAACGAUGUGAUUCCAGGAGAUCGUUUAGCCAGUACUCAACUUCCUUGGACAAUAUACUAUCCGUCACAAAUACCAGCCAACCCGACUGAGCUACAAGACGUUAUGACAAUUGAUGCGUACGCCACGAACAAGUAUUACUCAAGAGAUCUCAUCGUCGGACGCGCACUACCUAGCUUCUGCAUUGACCCCAACGUACGACCACUUGUUAGAGCAACGCUCGUGGCUCAGUGUCAAGGCAGCUCUCUGAGAUACAACGUCUACACUUACAUUCCUUCGAAGUACGCCAAAGUUGAUCGGUCCGGCGAGCUACAGAUACCGCACGAUCAAGUAGAAUUCUUAGCCGACUUCACCGGAAUGACCAAGCAGGAGCGAUCAGCAAAGAUGGUAGCGGCUUUGAAGGAAGACAGUUGCGAGGACGCUGAUUUCACUACUAUUGAUACGUACACGGGCACCCGCUUCCUUGACUGGGACGUCGUCAUCGGCCACGCAAGACCUGAGAUAUGCGCUGAUCCACAAGUACGACCACUUGUUCGUGCCACUCUCAGCAAUGAUGAUAGGGUUUGUGUAUUUAUGCCUGCAAGGUUUGGGAUCGAUAGGAACAGGUCGGAUGGCGAACUACUCAUCUCUAUUGGGAAUGUGCAGGUGUGGAGCGAAUUCGAUGCGCCUACUGAUGGCAAGCGGAGGGAGAAGAUUAAGGAAGCCUUGGUAAAGAAGAGCAAGGAAAGGUUCGGCAAGGGGUAUGCGAGAGCGGGCAUAUCAGGAGGUAUAGAGGAGACGGAGGCUCUUGGUGGCGGUGCGGUCGAGGAAGGCUGA